AUGUCCGACACACCCUCUUCCACCGAGGAGCGGCUGCGCACCGCCGUCAUCGCAAACCACCUCCCCUCCGGCUACGGCACCAGCUUCGACGGCACGCGGACCCUCUCCAACGGCGAUCUCGCCCACGUCACCUCCAACUCGGCCCCGAACCUCCCGGCCACCGAGAACGACGACCUCGCCAACGGUACCAACCUCGAAGAGGCCUCGUCCCUCCUCCUCCCCGGCGGCGACAUGCACCGCGACCUCUUCAAGAUCUCAGCCAGGGACCAAGGACUCAAGCGCGCCCAGACCUUUUCCCACCCGCGCCGCACCGAGUCCGGCCACGAGUCCGACCUGCCCGCCGCCGAGAUGCUCAUGCCCCAGGGCUUCCGCCGCCAGUUUGUCAUGCAGAAGCGCGGCUACACCGCCGCCACCCUCCCCAUCACGCGCAACUUUGUCGAGUUCCUCGACUUUUACGGCUCCUUUGCCGGUGAGGACCUUGCCGACUCGGACGAGGAGGCCAUUAUCACGGACGACGAGGACGAAGAACAGGCACACGAGCGGCCCCGCGGCGCACCCACCGAGACCCGUCCCCUGCUGGGCCGGCGGCGGUCCUCGCGGUUCGCGAAAAAGGCCGGCGACGCCAGCACCACAAAGACCUUCUUCACCACGCUCAAGGCCUUUAUCGGCACGGGCAUCAUGUUCCUCCCCAAGGCCUUCAAGAACGGCGGCAUCCUCUUCUCCUCGCUGACCAUGCUCGUCAUCGCCGCCAUCUCCAUGGCCGCCUUCCACCUGCUCCUCCAGUGCCGCACCCGCUACGGCGGCGGCUACGGCGACCUCGGCAAGGAGAUUUCCGGUCCGCGCAUGCGCGCCCUCAUCCUCGCCUCCAUCACCCUCUCCCAGAUCGGCUUCGUCUGCACCGGCCUCGUCUUCGUCGCCGACAACUGGUUCUCCUUCCUCAAGGCCGUCACCGGCGGCGCGAACCCCCUCGACUCCACCGCCCUCAUCGCCCUCCAGGCCCUCGUCAUCGUGCCCCUCGCCUUCAUCCGCAACAUCUCCAAGCUCGGGCCCGCCGCCCUCUUCGCCGACCUCUUCAUCAUCAUCGGCGUGGCUUACAUUUGGUGGUACGACAUCUCCGCCCUCGCCACCCGCGGCAUGGACCCCUCCGUCAAGCUCUUCAACCCGAGCUCCUACACCCUCACCAUUGGCGCCUCCAUCUUCACCUUUGAGGGCAUCGGCCUCAUCAUCCCCAUCCAGGCCAGCAUGAAGAAGCCCGAGCACUUUGAGCCCCUGCUUGCGGGUGUCAUGCUGCUCAUCACCUGCGUCUUCACCUCCGUCGGCGCCCUCUGCUACGCCACCUUUGGCGACCGCACAAAGAUUGAAAUCAUAGACAACUACCCGCAGGACAGCCGCCUCGUCAACGCGGUCCAGUUCAUGUAUGCCCUCGCCGUCCUCGUCGGCAACCCCGUCCAGCUCUUCCCCGCCAUGCGCAUCAUCGAGGGCAAGAUUUUCGGCCACCGCUCCGGCAAGAAAGAUCUCCUCACAAAGUGGAAAAAGAACGCCUUCCGCACCUCCCUCGUCGCCCUGUGCAUUGUCAUCUCCGUGGCCGGCUCCGCCAAUCUCGACCGCUUCGUCGCCCUCAUCGGCUCCUUUGCGUGCGUGCCCUUGGUCUACAUUUACCCGCCGUACCUGCAUCUCAAGGGUAUCGCCGAGACGAGAAAGGAAAAGAUUUGCGAUUACGCCCUCAUGGCCCUGGGCCUCGUGGGCAUGGUGUAUACCACCGCCAUCACCUUGGCAAACAGCUUCCUGUAA